AUGACUCGACUGCUUGCACUUUCUCUGUUAGGUGCGGCCUCAACGGCCAUCGCGAGCCAGGAUGCUUUUCAAGCCAAGUGUUCGCAAUUUGCACACAAGAUUAAUCUCCCCAACGUCAAGGUCAAUUUUUCCGAGUAUGUCCCUGGAGGUACCAAUCUCUCCCUACCAGACAACGCUGCUAGCUGUGCUGCACCGUACCAGGCGGUUUCAGCAGAUUUGUGCCGAGUCGCAAUGGCCGUAUCUACCUCAGAUACCAGUGAAAUUACUUUGGAAGCUUGGUUCCCGCGAGACUAUAAGGGUCGCUUCUUGAGUACAGGCAACGGUGGUCUCUCUGGAUGCAUUCAAUAUUAUGAUCUUGCCUAUACUGUUCAGUUGGGUUUCGCCACUGUUGGCGCCAAUAACGGUCAUAACGGAACCUCCGGACUGCCUUUCUACCAGCAUCCCGAGGUUCUAGAGGACUUUGCCUAUCGCUCAGUCCACACUGGUGUGGUCAUCGGCAAGGAACUCACAAAGCAGUUUUACAAGGAAGGUUUCAACAAGAGCUACUAUCUUGGAUGCUCCACGGGUGGUCGACAAGGAUGGAAGUCGAUCCAGAAAUACCCCAAUGACUUCGAUGGCGUCGUGGCUGGUGCCCCAGCCAUCAACUUUAUUGGUUUGCUGUCCUGGAGUGCUAAUUUCUACACUAUUCUUGGCUCCAAUACCUCCGAGACUUAUCUUUCCACUGCCGAAUGGAAGGUCGUGCACGACGAGAUUCUCCGACAAUGUGACGCAAUUGAUGGCGCAAAGGACGGAAUCAUUGAAGAUACUGACCUAUGCCACCCAAUCCUGGAGACAUUGAUAUGUGCGCCUAAUGCAAAGAACACAAGCAGCUGCCUUUCUAGUGCUCAAGUCCACGCAGCCCAGCAGGUUCUGUCUCCACUAUACAGCUUGAACGGCACUCAGCUGUACCCUCGCAUGCAACCUGGUUCCGAGAUUCUAGCUGCACCUAUCAUGUACAAUGGCCAGCCUUUCGAGUACAGCAACGACUGGUGGAAGUACGUUGUCUAUAGCGACCCGUCCUGGAGUGGCGAGAACUGGACAAUCAAGGACGCCGCGGUCGCGCUCGCUCAGAACCCGUAUAACAUUCAGACUUGGGAUGCCGAUAUUUCUCCCUUCCAGAAGGCUGGAGGCAAGGUCCUUCACUACCACGGCAUGCAAGACCAGCUAAUUAGCUCCGAGGACUCGAAGUGGUACUACUCUCGUGUCGCAGAGACGAUGAACCUGCCUCCGGCCAGUUUGGACGAGUUCUAUCGAUUUUUCAGUAUCAGCGGCAUGGGCCACUGUGGCGGCGGUGACGGUGCGUAUGGUAUUGGACAAGGUCUCAAGACUUACGCUGGUAAUGACCCGCAGGAUAAUGUGCUCAUGGCUAUGGUCCAGUGGGUUGAGCAAGGCAAGGCCCCGGAAACUGUGCGUGGUACCAAGUUCGUCAACGGACCAGGCUCACAGGUCGAGUACCGACGCAAGCACUGUCGCUAUCCUCGACGGAAUGUUUACGUGGGUCCAGGAGACUAUACUGAUGAGAAUGCCUGGGAGUGUGUCUAG